AAUAGGUGGCGUCGUGGUAGCGGAUCCUGUUCCUCUACUUCCGGUUUCUGCACUGUGCAACUAUUUCAGUUAUAUUUUUAAUUAACGAUGCCAAGUACUUGUUGUUGUGUACCUGGAUGUCAUUUAAGAGGAGGACAUGCAUUUCCAAAUGACUUAAAAAGAAGGAAAAGUUGGAUCAACGCCAUGGCCCAUACGCAGAUUGGACGAGAACACGAUGAUAUCGUGGAGUCCAUCUCAAUCAGCUGUUGUUUGCAAGGCACGUUUUACUGAAAAAGACUACGUGCAGGAAACUAUUCAUGGGCGCAAACCCACCAUACAGAGACUUAAGUCUACUGCAAUUCCCAGCCUAUUUUCCUGGACCAAGCAAGAGACUGAAUCAUCCGCAAAAAGAAAAAUCAGGGCAGUUUCCUGUGAAAACAAAAGAACUAAACUUGAUGACUAUUGUAGUAGAAAUCUAGAGGAAAGUUUUGAUUGUAAAGUUGGUUUUCCUGAAGAAGUCAUUCAUACUGCAGAAAGGAUUUAUGACUGUCCACCACCAACUGCCGAGCUAAUGUUGAGCUUCACAGAUGGAAUUACGCAAACACCAUCAAUGCCUAUGUUUUCAGCAGAGAAUUUUGAAAUGAAAACACGUGACACAGCCAUGCAUUUUUAUACCGGUUUAGAGUUGUAUACUAAAUUUUUAUUUGUUUUGACCACACUUGGUCCAGCAGCACAUUGUUUGAGAUACAUAUAUUUUCAAAUUGAUAGGGUGUCAGUUGAAAAUCAGUUUUUUUAUGACUUUGAUGAAAUUGAGGCAUCAUACAACCAACUUGGAACUGUCUAGAUUCUAGAUUGAAUCUAGUGUUAAGAAUAUUGUGUAUACAUGGAUUGUUUUUAUGUCUAAACAGUGGUGUGAGGCUAACACUUGGCCAUCUAGUGGUUUAGUCAGGUAUUUUUCACCAUCCAACUUCAAAUUAAAGUUUCCUACGACUUGGAUUAUUAUUGACAGCACAGAAUAUCCUGUGAUAAAACCUAAAGCUCCUAGAGCUCAGGCAACCUUUUCAUCAAAUAAAAACAGAAACACUGAAAAUUCUUGAAUGUUCGACACCUGGUGGUUUAGUCAACUAUGUCUCUAUGUCACAAAGAGCGAAUUAUUGGACUUGGCAAAACAUACAAAAUUCUAAUAAAUCCUAUGAAUGGAACUGAAACAAAACUUUCAUCUGAAAUAACAUUUAGUUGUUUUAUGUUGUGUAAUUUUAGAACUUGUAUUGUGCCAAAGGAUGCAUAAAUAAAAGUGACGCAAUGAAUUUUGUUCUGAUAUAUAUAUAUUUACAAUUACAUGCACAUGUAAAUUGUAAUGCAUAUAAAAAUAAGGAGAUGUGGUAUGAUAUUCAGUGAGUUUAUCAAACUAAAGUGCAUAAGAAAUGGGUUUAAGCAGUUACAGGUGUUACUGUCACCGUACAAUCUCCAACAAUGAGAAAAACUCGUACCCUGUAAAAAAUUUCAGAGAUCUUACAACUAAGUUUUGUUGUCUCACCUUGACUUUGGUGAAUUUUUUAUAUCUGUUGAUGUAAAUAUAAAAAAGAAGAUGUGGUAUGAUUGCCAGUGAGACAACUCUCCACACAUGCACAAGAGACCAAAUGACACAGAAAUUAACAGCUAUAGGUCACAGUACGGCCUUCAACAAUGAGCAAAGCCCAUACCGCACAGUCAGCUAUA